GUAACCGCGCAGCCAUUUCUGUGUGCGCCGUGGUGCACGUACAGCGUAUCGACGGGCGCGAGCUGUCAAACGAAAACAAUCUACUAUUUGUGAAGAUUUGUGACGCUUUAUCAACUGAGAAAGCUUAUUUAGUACAAUUCUGCAUCUUGUCCAUCACUGCACUCCUGAACUACCAUGGAGGGUUGCCAUUUAUCCUGUUCGUUUUAUAACUGUAAACGGACCUACAAUCAUCCAGAUGCUCUGAACACCCACCUGAAGGAUCAUCAUAAGAUCCCCGCACAAUCCCUGCCUGGUAAGUCCUUCCUGUGCUCGACGAUAGGAUGUGAUGGAUCAUUCUCCAGCAUGCAGCAGCUGAUGGAUCACAUGAGGCAUCACCACAAGCCGAAUUAUUUCUUCCUGUGCGAGAGCUGCAGGGCCAAGCUCCGCUCCUACCGCACCCUCCUCAAACACCUCCAGACAUGUGCCAAGGUCGCCAAAAGCAAAGCGGCGAGAGUGGAGGGAGGUCCAGCACCCGAUUCAGCUUUUCCCGGCGCUGAUUUUGAUCCUGCUGGUUCUUCAACUGGAGAUGAUUCUCAGCAGAUGGAGUCUGACCCCUCGCUUCCUCCUCAAGCUCCGUUCCACACGGCUUCAUCGGACCAAGCGUCCUCGACUCCUCUGGCGGAAUCCGCUGCUGCUUUUGAGGCUGUAAGACCCCAGAAUCAGCCGGAUGCUCCCUACAGCCCGUUUCCACCCAGCCUGUCUCCUGCACCUGAUCCCGAGCCACAGCGCUCGCCCAGACCCGGUCCGGUCGGCAUAGUGACCUCCUUGCCACAAACUACGCCCGGGUCUAACGCUGUCUGGAGGAAGAACCAAGCAGACUUGCCUGCGCCCAUUUUGCACAGAUGGAACUCUCCUCAGGCUUUGAGUAGAGAGGAAGUCCAGUCCUUUAACAGCAGGAUCCUAUGGGAGCACACCAGGGGGCGCUACAGCUGCCUUCAGUGUGGUUAUUCCACCCCCGAGCGCAAAGAGAUGACGGCACACAUCGAGGGCCAGCAUAGGAGCCCGGGGGCCAAAACUAACGACACGGACGCAGCAGUCGGGUCACCUCCGUCCCUGGUUAAAACCUCAACAAACUCUGAGAACAUGAAUUACACCCAGCUUUAGAUUCACAGCAGAUGAUAAACUUCGGAAUUGGGCGGUCGUUGUAGCUCACAUGAGGUGAACGGAUUGGAAAAUGACAUGAUGCAUGACCUACGUUUAUAUUUUCAAUUCAGCUCAUAAUGACUUUAUAGCGAAAUCCCUUCAACAGCAUGAUGUUCCACUUAUUUUCAUUUUUCUUUUAGAUUGUAAUUAUGCUGAAGUGUGAUUUUUAUUUUUUAUUUUUUUUGUUACUAACCUCUGUGAGUGCAUACCACAGCAGUUUGUAUUUGCUUCAGUGGUGACUUCUAACCGAUUUGCUCUUGAUUGUACAUGGAUGUAAGUGCAUCAUUGUUGUUCUUGCUAUGUUUUGAUAUCAACGUAAACAUUUUUUAAAUGGACUGAAAUUGUGUCCAUUCCACGUAUUUCCCCUGUUUCUCAGUGUUUGAGCAAUUUUUUCAAAAGACUGACACGGGCUUGCUAAUGUAUAAUAAAAAAAAAUAAUUAUGAACUGUAGAAAUAGACUUUCCGCAAGUAAGAGAUGAGAAUUAUGAUUCAAACCUAGCCCUGAAAACAUGAAUCUGCACUAGAGCUAACGAUUCGUUUCAUGAACAUGUUUCAACCACAGGCAUUUUUGUAAUUGCCAUUUUAUUGUGUCUAUUAAUUAUAAACAAAACAAAAAAAAAUACUUUUUAAUAGCUAACUAUUAUACAUCUUAGCUAGACGACUAGUUUUAGGGUUUGUACAGAUGAUUCUGUUGACGGUGAAUACAGUCAGGACCAUAAGUAUUUGGACAGUGACCCAAUUUUAGACCACCACGAUGGAUUUGAAAUGGAGCAAUCAAGAUGCGAUU